AUGCGAAGAUUCAUUCCUUCUCAACUUGGCAAUCUCUCACAGUUGAGACACCUUGAUCUUAGCUACAAUGAACUCAUUGGAGAAAUUCCUUUCCAACUCGGAAAUCUUUCAUUGUUGCAGUCUCUUUCACUUUAUGGUAACUUGUUAAGAGGUACCAUUCCUGAUGAUUUUGGCAACGUAAUGCAAUCACUUGUGCAUCUCUAUCUCUCAGAGAACAGUCUAGAAGGCAAGAUCCCAAAAUCCAUUGGAAACAUAUGCACCUUGCAGUCAUUUGAAGCUCGUGAUAACCGCUUGAGUGGAGGGAUUUCAGAUUUUAUCAUCCAUAAUAACUAUUCACGAUGCAUUGGAAAUGCUUCCUCGUUACAAGACCUAUACUUAUCGAAUAAUCAGUUUUCUGGCACGAUACCUGACUUGUCAAUCCUCUCAUCUUUGACAUGGUUGAUUCUAGAUGACAAUAAUUUAAUUGGAGAAAUACCCACGAGCAUUGGAUCACUUACCGAGUUAGAAAUUUUGAAUCUGGGCGGAAACUCUUUUGAAGGCAUUGUCUCUGAAUCCCAUUUCACUAACCUCUCCAAAUUGGAAGAACUAGAUUUGUCUCAGAACUUACCAACUGUGAAAGUUAGUGCAAAUUGGGUUCCUCCUUUUCAAUUACAAUAUUUGUUUCUAGCAUCUUGCAAUCUCAAUUCAACAUUUCCUAAUUGGAUCCUCACCCAAAAACUCUUAUUGGUGCUCGACAUUUCAAAAAACAAUAUCACUGGAAAGGUCUCCGAUUUGAAACUCGAGUAUACCUACUAUCCUAAUAUUGACUUAAGUUCAAAUCAACUUGAAGGUUCCAUUCCUUCUCUUUUAUUGCAAGCAGUAGCAUUGCAUCUCUCCAAUAAUAAAUUUUCAGAUUUAGUGUCCUUUCUAUGCAGCAAUAUUAAACCUAACUCUCUAGGCCUUUUGGAUAUAUCAAACAAUCAAUUAAAGGGUGAGCUGCCUGAUUGUUGGAAUAAUUUAACCUCGCUAUACUAUGUUGACCUCAGUAAUAACAAGUUGUCGGGAAAGAUCCCAUUGUCGAUGGGUGCCCUUGUUAACAUGCAAGAUUUGGUUCUAAGAAAUAAUAGUUUGAGUGGACAACUUCCUUCUUCAUUGAAGAAUUGCUCAGACAAGUUGGCUAUCUUGGACCUUGGAGAAAAUACGUUUCAUGGUCCGUUACCUUCAUGGAUUGGAGGCAGUUUACAACAACUAGUAAUCUUAAGCCUUUGA